AUGUUGCGCUUCCAAAACUAUCGACGGUUACCCAGCCGAAAUUUGCAAUGCAACGUUACAGGCACGCAUAAAUUUAUCGCACAGAGUGAUGGUAGUACAUGCUCCUUCACUCUGCUGGCAAACGUGUUGGCUGAGAGCGACCCAACUGCUUUCAACUCGGCUGGUGAACCAAAAUCCCAGUCUCCGGAAAAAUCCACGGAAGCAGAGAUCCGAACGGUUUCCGAUCACAAGGUGGCGGGACAGGAAAAGAAACAACCGAUCGAAGGUUUGACAAUCACCGUACGGCAGCAGGAUAGCUCAAAAGAACCGGCCAAAGCGUCAACUUCAUCGGCUUCCAUCACACCGAAGCAAGAAGAUGUGCCAGAACCAGACACUCUCUCCUGUCCUGACGAUGACUUGCGGAGUGUUAUCGAAGAAAAGCGUGAAUCUAAUGCAAAAAUGAAUGAAUUGGAGGAGAUGGAACGCAUUAUAAAAGAAAAGGAAGAGGAUAUCAGACGGAGGCUCGAGCGUUUAGAGAAGGAUGAAGCUAGUGUCACCGUGGCAAUGCUAUUGCCUUCGGCGGGCCGCUCUCGGUCGCCUAAAGAUGACCGUACCAGAGACUCGAGUAUCACCAGUCGCCGCAGCGGCGGAAGCACACGUCGUUCUCGAUCACCACUCACAAAAACCGACGGCUCAUCUGGACACCAACGGUCAGCGCAAUUACAAAACAUUAGUAGCAUUACACCGAUCUAUGCUGGUGCAUCAACUGUGGCGGGAGCCACCAACCUUCAACGAGGUACAUCUCCAUCGGAUCUACUGGCACACGAGCGAUUCGUGCAGAUACGGUCAGAAAAGAUUGCCAUCUCUCAGGAACUAGAUUCCCUGCGCCAACGAUUUUCAUCUCGAAAGAGCUCGCGAGUGGAUGCUUUGGAAGGCCGUCUAGCCGUUUUGGAACGCGAGCAGCGGGAUCUCCAAAUUCAGUUGGAAAUCAAGCAACGGUUUAGAAUGCCGGACGACGUAUCGUACUUCAUUGGCACAUCUUUUGAUAGGACUCCAUCGCCACAUUCUCAGCAAUUCAGCACCUAUACGCGAUCACGCUCCUCCUCGCGUUCCCCUCAUCGAGCGAUCGAGCGAAGACGCACACGUUCUCGCUCACGAUCCCCCUCGCGUUCGCCUCAUCGAGGGAUCGCGCGAAGACGCACACGUUCUCGCUCACGAUCCCCCUCGCGUUCGCCUCAUCGAGCGAUCGAGCGAAGACGUACACGUUCUCACUCACGAUCCACCUCGAGUUCUCCUCAUCGAGCGAUCGCGCGAAGACGCACACGUUCUCGUUCACAAUCCCGAGGAAGAUUACAGUCGAGCAGAAGACAGCAAUCUCGUUCGCCAUCUUCACAUCGGCACGAGGCUCCUAAAAGACGCCGGACCAGAACAAACUCACGAUCACCGUCGCCACGUCGACCAGAUUCGAUGGUAAGGGAAAUGUACAGUAUUGGAAAGUACAACAAUGCCCAUGGCAAACAUAGCAUCUACGUUGCGAACAUAUCAAGGGAAGUUACCAAAGGCGAGCUGGAAUCAAUUUUCGAUCGUUAUGGCGAAAUAGACACCAUCGAUUUUCAGCGAUUUACUCGAUAUAGAGAAGUUUACAUUGAUUACAUUGCUCGUGAGGACGCAUUCCGUGCGCUGGAGAUGAACAACACGAAAAUAGGAGGACACAGACUACGCAUAGCAUUCAACGGUGAAAAACCUUCGAAUAGAGAGGGUUACACUCUUUAUCUCAUACCCAAACACCCGGUCACAGAGAUGACGAUCUACCAAACAUACGAAUCCUAUGGUGACAUCGAUUUUAUCUGGUAUCCCGAGGGGUCCAUGUUCUGUACCGUAUCGUUCCGAAGAUCCGAAGCUGCCACCGACGCACUACAAGUUAGAGAAUUUAUCGAUGGCACAAAAGUGAACGCCAAACCGUUUAGAGAUCGAAAAUGGUAAUCAAUGAUGAUUCGGGACUGUUGUAGCCCAUUUAAAUGAACGCGUUAAUUAUUUCAUCAUUUUAAUGAAAACAUCAUUGCAACGACACAGCUUCUAGUAGCGUUUCGCUAUUGAUAAAUAGAAUGUUCAAGAGCAACUGCAAUAUAAUAAAUACGACUCGGUUCGUUCUUCUAAUAUUAAAAAACAAAACUACAAAAUAAGUAGUAUGAAGCCACUACCAUCAACAUUCUUAACAAAACGAGAUUUAUGUGAUGUAAAAAAUCAAGAUAACUAAAACAAAAACAAAAAUAUGCAAGAGCAAAUCUUGUAAACAAAAAUCGUGGAAGGAAGGUUGACCUUCCAUUAGAAAAUACUAGAAAACAGUGUGCAAAACACACUGUUCUUUUAAAUUAUGAAAUGAAUUUAGGUUCUUCAACCCAUACUUUUGGUAUGAUAUUCAUUACAAGAUCGUAACGAAAGACCUUAAGAUUGUUUUAUUUUUAUUCAUUCACAUUCGCUGCUGGAUCGCAAUAAGUAUGCAGUAGCGUACCGUAAUAGACGAGAAAUUGGUUUUUGCUGCUUUCGUUUCUAUUGAUCCUGACAGUAAUACGAGGGAAAUAGAACAAUGCUGCGUUUUCUUCGCAAUUGCAAAAUUCAUUAAUUGUACUUUGACUCUAACUAUGGAGCAUAAAUGCAAGUUUGUAAAUAAUGCAAUCAUUCUUUUUUAUUUGCGCGGAGGAUUACUCGAAAAUACAAUGUAACUUUUGCUAUCAUUACUUAUAAUAUAAUUUUGAGUUUUCGAGAUUCUUGCUUAUCAAUUUUAGAUUUGUUUGCAGAUCUUGUUGGAAAAAAUGUACUCAAGUUUGGUUAAGUUAAAAAUGUAUCCAUUAUAGAGUCAAAUUGUUAAAAUACAAGCUGCGAAAGGA